AUGAGCCUGGAAGACCGCCGACGGCGACAGGUUUGGGACGGCUCCUCAUCAGUGUGCUUCCUGGCAAGUCAGCAGCUCCGAAUACUGUAUUAUCGAGGGCACCUCAUGGGUGACGAGUCAGGGUGCUUGCUAUCCUAUCUCUCACCUAUCACUUCCCGCAUCGUGCGUGCGUCCUUAGCGUGGAAGCCGGCGAGUGGUGUUGUGUCCGCAAUUGACGCCGCCAACCAGUCGUGUUGGCGGGCUCAAUUCUCGAAGUACUGCCGGUCCCGACAUUACUGCCUGUUGGUGCCCCCCGGUACCUUAUCGUGA